AUGUCGGAUGGCAUUUCAAAAGAGCUUCCUCCUUUCGCAGCUCUCCUCUGCUCUCUGCCCAGGCAGUACCAGCACGAAGGGGGAGGGACGGCUAGGGCAAGCACUGGUGCACCCUGCCAAAAGUUCACUGCUAAUUGCAUGCAGCAGCGCAUGGCGCUCACGCCUGCCUUGGGGCAAAUCCGCCUUGCUGUACCCCCAACUUCACCCGUUGCUGGAGAGCUCCCGCCAGAUGCUGCUGCUGCAGCAAUAACCUCUGCAGCAGCAGCAGCAGCAGCAGCAGCAGCAGCAGCGCCGGCAGCAGCAGCAGCGGGGGGGGGCCCCUUCAGGCCACGUUGGUUGCAGGGGUUUUCCGGUGUAUCUACAGCAGUAGCUGAGACACGGCAGGCGUUAGACAAGAUUGUGGGUAGAGCCACCCUUGCAGCGGCAGCAGCAGCAGGAAGUAACACGCCAGGUAUACCUCCAGUGCCUGCUUCAAAAGCGCACUCGUUGCAGCAGUUGCUAGAGGAGAUCAAUAUGGCUGCUGCAACGGCAGAGCAGCAGCAGCGGCUGUGGCUGCUCCUGCCGCAACAGCAACAACAUCAACAACAGCAACAACAACAGCAACAGCAACAACAACAGCAACAACAGCAACAACAGCAACAACAACAACAACAACACCUGUUGAAACAUGAGGCUUCCGCAGGAGUUAGGGGGGAUGGGGGUGCAAGAACUCAGAAGCAUGGCAGUGCUCCCUCUGGCUUAGAAGGCGCACCGAAUGCGGGGCAGAUUGCGCAGUUAUUUGCUGCUCCUGAGGAUUUGCCUGGUAUUCCAGCUUUGCUGCAGCUCCUGCGCCACAUCCUUCCUGCUGCUGAGCGGCAGCACCAGCUGUCUCACGUGCUGCAGCAGCAGGAGAAGCUGCUGCUGCUGCAGCACGCGGAAGGGCCCCCUAUAGGCCUCUGGGGGGGCCCCCUUGCAGCCUGUCUCUUUGAUGGAAGCCUCAAGGAAUCGGGAGCUUCAAACGACGCUUUGUUUCCUGUCGAACCUCAGGCGAUGGCGAUGGAGGAGGGGCCUCUUUCUUCGCGGCUGCUGCUGUUGCGACUGCGGAGGGAAAGAGCCAUUCCACUACGCAAUUUCAGGCUGCUCGCGAGGCGACCUUCUGCGAUACAGCGGCGACAUCUGCUGCAGCAGAAGCAUCGCCAAUCGAUUGCUGCAAGGGACUGGAGGGAGCUCGAGGAUCCCGUGCUCUUGCCCCCGCCUUGUCACUUGCUCCCGCAGCAUCGGCGGCUUUGUGUCAUCUUUCUGGAUCUCCACGCUGCUUGCGGUGCAGCCAUGGCAGACGCUCUGCAGAGCUACCUCGCUACUGCUGCUGCCACUGCGACACACAGAGUUUCCAGGGGAACAGAAGCUGCAGCAUCCACAGGAGGUGCUGCACGCUUGGCAUUCGCCGAGAGACUCGGGGGCAGCAUGGUCGGCAGCUGCAGCAGCGAGACUUCGCUGCCUGCAGCAGAAGCCGUGGUGUGGGAUAUCUGCGAUACUGGCACUGCCCUAGAGGGUCUGGCGGCUAGCUGGCUAGAGGAUUGCAACAUUCCCUUCAGUGUGCAUCUCCCUACGCUCCGCCACGCACAGCCAGAAGAGCUCCCAAGUGCGCGGCUUUCCUCCGGACCGUCCACUCCCGACUGCAGAAGCAGCGGCAGUCGCAGUGUUGCCUCGACUCCAGCCUUUCCAAGGGUUCCCCAGCUGCACACCCUCGAGGUGCUGCAGCUGCUCGUGACAGACUUGAGGCAGCAGCUCUCUGCAGCGCAGCAGCGGGAAGCUGACUUUACGCUGCUCCUCCAGCUGCUGCAGCGGACCGAGAAACAACGGGGUGCUCCUUCAGGGCAGAAGGAGCACCAUCACCUGCAACGAGUAACGGGAGUGCCUGAGGGAUUGUCGUGCAGCAGUAUUAGCAGCAGCAGUACGAGCAGCAGCAGCAGCAGCAGCAGUAUUAGCAGCAAUAGUAUUAGCAGCAGUGCUGUGAGUACUUUGGGAGUCGCACGCAACGCAGCAGGGGCAGCAGCAGAAACUGCGAACGCGGCAGCGAAUCCGCUUGCUGGCAAAUUGAAGACCAGAGAGGGCAGAGAAUUGCAGGAGCAGCACGAGCGCGUGCAGCAGCGGCAAGAUUUGCGGCAGCAACUGCACUGCGUCCUGGAGGUAGCAGCAAGCGACUCGAGCAGCGGCUGGCGCAUGCAGGAUCGGCUGCAGUGGUGCCUCGACGCCAGCGAUGCAGAGGUGCAUGCGCAGGUGCAGCAGCUCGCUGCCGAGUUGCUGCUGCCCCCUAGGCUUUCUGCUGCUUAUUUUUCUGCCCUUUUGCAGCAGAUCGGCAGCAAACGACAAGCGCUAGUUCUGGAGUAUCGACAGCGCCUGAGGGAAGCCCAUGAGGCCUGGGGACUGGCGCCCCCUUUUUGCUGCAGAGACUCUGCAGCAGCAUCAGAAAGCGUCGCCGCAGUUGCUGCCUCUGACAGCAACAGCAGCAGCUCUGUGCGCAAGCCGCGAAAAGCCUUCAGCGGAGUGGUUCGCGGGGUGCUGGACUGCCCAAGACCUCAAAAAGGUCUUUUUGUCUAUUGUCCGAAGGGGGGAAGUUCCUUACUCUCUCUGUGGACGGAGAAUGUGCGGCGGGUAGAGCGAACUUGCCGGAGGCGCCCGCGGCCGCUGCUGCUGCGAGACAGCAGCAGCAGCAGCAGCAGCAGCAGCAGCAGCAGCAGCAGCAGCAGCAGCAGCAGCAGCAGUGACAACGAGGAGCAAGCGGGUGCAGACCGCCAUGUCGGCCUUAGCCGAGUCACUUCGAGGCACCGCCUCUGCUGCAGCCCAAGCGGCAGUGGGCGUAUUUUAGCGCGACUGGACCUGGAGUCGUCUCGGUGUAUUGCGGCUGCAUGCAGUGCUGCUGCGAUCAAGCAGCGACUCGCCGCUGCUGAGGCAGUUUCCCGCUGGGCGUGGACAGCAGGCAGCAGCGGCGCGAGAGGAGCGCGAGUAGGGGCAGGGGGGGCAGCAGCAGCACAAGCAGCGCUUGGCUGCGUUGUCAGAGUGCCUUCUUGCCUUGAGGAGGCUGCUGUUGGGGACGCAGUAUCGGACGGACCAGAGCACUGCAGCAUCCCGCUUCAACCGCAGCAGCCGUGGGGCCCCACACUUACUUGGGUAGCAGACACACAGCAGUGGUCUCGGCGGCUACCUCCUGUCAAGCGAAAACGCCGCUAG